AUGCCACCAGGAGGUACUGACCCAAAAAAGGAAGUACCACAAGAAGAGAAGAAGGAGGGCAGUAAAGACGGAAAGGAAGAAGAGAAGAAGGAAUCGUCACAGGAAGAAAAGGUGGAAGGGGAAAAGAAAAAAGAAGAGAAGAAAGAUGACGGCGUAAUUGAUGAUAUCAUUGCCAACAAUGCUGUAGACGCCCCUCCUGUUGAGCCUCAGGAGGAGAUAAUGUUUACAAAAGCGAAAGUAUUUGAAGAGGAGGAGCUUUCGUUUUGGAACAUAGAUAGUUAUCUGCAUAGCAGAUUCAGCUAUAUUCCUGAAACUGCCCGAAGGCUCAUAGAGAUAACCAUUGUGGUGAUUUUAUUCAUGAUGUUUCCUAUAAUUCUUGCAUUCCUAGAGAAUGGAGAAGAUGCAAUAUACCUUCCAGUUCAGGUUAUUCAGAAUACAGGGACGGGUCCGACAUACUUGUUCUUUCGGAUUAACCUCUUCAUAUCAAUGUGCUAUGUUAUCUACGUGGCAGUCUCUUUAUUCGCCAGCAAUAUUCUUUAUAUCAUAAUUUGGGUUCUAAACCUCUUCAACUACGAGCUUGACGAAUACGCUAUAGAGAUUAUCCAGGUGAUAAAUUCAACAUCCUGGUGCUGGAAGCAAUCUCUCAUAGCACUUCUAGUCUUUUUUUCUGCGUCUAUCACCUCUCAGCCGUAUAGCUUCGGGCAAAAUGACGGGAGCUAUAAGUACAAAAUCAUUACCAUGAUACUUAUGUACUCGGUAUUUAUAUCUGUGGUGUUUAUAGAGAAGUUUUUCAUGUGCUUUAUGAUUUCCGAGAUAAGGAGGAAGGAGUACAGAAACAGAAUAUGGGAUAUUAAUUAUAAAACGUUUGUAUUCAAAAAACUAGCGGCGAUCUCAGAAGCAAGUCCUAGUGAGAGAAAGGAGCUUGCAGAGACUAUUCAGCCGGAGUUUGAUCCAGGAUUCUACCUGAAGUAUAACGACCUGAAACUGAAUUCGAUGAAGGGUGCAGAGACCGUUGCAGAGUCUAUAUUUGGGUUUCUGGAGGUUCGAUCGAUUAUAUAUCAGGACCUGGAGAAAUUCUUUCCAGACAACCACGAUGAGGUGUAUGCAUACCUAGCAGAAAGUUCGGAAACUAAGGAAAAGAACAACCCUCCUCCAAUAACAUUUGAAGACCUUAAGGCCAAGGCUGUUGCUUUGUAUAAGGAGAGAACGGAUAUAUCAAGAACGCUUCAGUCUAGGGACAUUGUCAUCAACAAGCUGGACAUAAUAUUGGUUGCAAUUGCCAUGUACUUUGGAGCUAUACUAGUAAUGAUUCUUUUAGGAAUUAACUACUCGGGAAUACUUGCAACUAUCCUUCCAUCUAUAGUCACUUUCAGUUGGAUAUUUUCCGAUACUAUCAAGGAGAUAUACAACUGCUUUAUAUUUCUUCUGGUAAAUCAUCCUUACGAUUGUGGAGAUAGAGUUGUGAUAGAUGGAGAGGAGCUUUAUGUGUCCUCUGUUGAUCUGUUGUCUUCAACAUUUACCGGAGUGAAUGGAAGACAGGUGUUUAUACCGACGUCUACCCUAUUCAGGACAAAAAUCCAUAACAUAAGGAGAUCAGGAAAGCAGUUCUCGGAGGUUGGGAUUCUGGUGAGCAAGAUGACCUCGUUUGAUACAGCUCUUAAGCUCAAGGACGGAAUUACAAAGGCAAUUUCCGAGUCCACAAAGUCAUUUUCUGGAGAAAUUUAUAUUCGGGAAUUUAAGGCGGAAGGAGACAAUGUCAAAAUUGUUUUUGCCAUUCAACAUCAGACCAACUUCCAAGAUAUCAAGAAGAAACAUGAUAGAAGAGUUGAAAUUGUAAAUAUAUUAGAAAGAGAGAUGAAAGCUCAAAAAAUAGAAUAUCGAAAUUCAUAUACAUUUAGCGAUUAG